AUGGACUGGUUGUUUGACAAAGCCCGUUACUUCAAUCGAACACUUUCCUUGUCAAUCUUUGUCAUUGCCCUAUCGACGUUCAACUAUGGCUUCGAUAACCAAGCCUUUGCGACUGCCCAAGCAAUGGAUACAUUUACUAAACAUUUUGGCGAUCUAAACUACUUAGGGUUUGCUACAGGUGUUAUCCUGGGUAGUCUCAUAUUAGCGCGACUUGGACGGCGUUGGUGGAUGUUCACUAUGAGUGUCAUAGACACUCAUAACCGCCACUAUCACCGACAACCCUGCUCAAAUUAUGGCUGCCCAGGUUCUCAACUACGUUUACUUGUCGGGACGCACCAGCUUAGUCUCACAUUGGAAGGCGUGGUCAUCAAUGCUGUCUGCUAUGGUACCAGUGGGCUUCCUGAUAACCGCGCAUGGCGCAUCCCUCUCGGCCUAUUCUACGUAGUCCCUACCAUCAUCGUGGCCUCAAUAUUCUUCCUUCCCGAGUCUCCCAGGUGGCUGAUUCGGCAGAAUAGAGUGGAGGAAGCGAAGGCGAGCCUGCAGAGGCUUUGCGAGGGGGCUUUCAAAGCGGACCAAGUCGACAAGGAAUUUAGAGAGCUGGAGUUUGCCCUGGAAAAUGAGGUUGAGCAGGGCAAUUUCGCUGAACUGUUUCGGGAAAAGAACCUCAAGCGCACCUUCAUCGUGGUGGCCGUCAACUUCUUCGAGCAAGCUACUGGACAGGCCUUUACGUCGCAGUAUGGCGGGGUCUAUGUUCGGUCGCUGAAGGUAUUCAAUCCCAUGUUAUAUACUCUCAUGAGCAGCUGCAUCUCGUCCUUCGUCAUGAUAUGUAUUUUAUGCAUAGCAGACAAGGUCGGGAGACGGAAGCUACUCAUGCUCUCAUCCGUCAUCAUGCUUUCUGGCAUCAUCACUAUGGCCGGCCUCGGUGUUAAUGAGCCGGUCACCACACAACGGAUGAAAGGCGUCAUCUCCUUGAUGGUUGUUUUUGGCGUCGGCUUCGCCGGCGGUUGGGGUUGGUUGACCUAUGUCGUAGUGACCGAAGUAAACUCGCUGCGACUGAGAGAUCAUACCUUUCACCUUGGAUUUGCCAUCAACGUCUGUUUCAAUUUCGCCGUCAACUUCUCCGUCCCAUAUCUUGUUUUCGAAGACGAAGUAGGCCUAGAAAGCAAAGUGGGCUUCAUCUUCGGUGCCGUCGCUUUCUUGUCGCUUGUCUUCACUUAUUUCUGCGUACCCGAAUGUAAGGGCAAGACGCUAGAGCAGGUCGACCGGCUCUUUAACAAUGGUUUCAGGCUGCGCGAUUUCGGCAAGACUGAUGGGUCUAGAAUGCUGGAUCAAGGAGCCGUGGGAUGA